AGGCAAACGGUUGUCUCCGCCCAGGACAAACGCUCAGAGAAAGAAGAAGAAACCAUCAACAAAAUAUGCCGAAGUUGACCCGGACUGUCACUUCAUGUCGAUGAUUUCAGAGAGAGGAAUGGGGUCCACAACAGGGAGGCUCGGUUUCACUGUUCUCUUCUUCGUUGUAUUGCUGUCAGGGUAUCAUCGAUGGGUUGAGGCCCAGCACUGCGUCUGGUACGGUCAGUGUGGAGAGUCUGAAAAGGUGCCUGGAAAAAAGUACAACUGUAACUACACCGGUCCCCCUGUUCCACUGAAAACUGAGGGCUACGAGCUUCUAACGGAGCUCUGUCCUGGGUAUAACUACGGGGACCGAAGUCUCUGCUGCAAUGUUGACCAGCUGAACACUCUCAAAGAGAGUCUCCAGCUACCCCUUCAGUUCCUGUCUCGGUGUCCCUCCUGUUUCUACAAUCUGAUGAACCUGUUCUGUGAGCUGACAUGCAGCCCUCAUCAGAGUCAGUUUAUGAACGCCACCAAGUUUAUGGGUGAAAAUGUGACGGAAGUGGAGUACUAUAUUGGACAAACAUUCACUAACGCUAUGUACAAUGCCUGCCAGGAUGUGCAGGCACCUUCUACCAACGUGAAAGCCUUAUCGCUGCUGUGUGGCAAGGAUGCACAAGACUGCAAUGCAACCAACUGGAUCCAGUACAUGUUCAGCAUUGACAAUGGUCAGACUCCUUUUCCUAUCAUCCCCAUAUUCUCUGAUGUGGGGAUUCAUGGUUACACACCCAUGAACAACAAAACAUACGCCUGCACAGAAGGCUUAGAGGAUGGUUCAGGUCCCUGCUCCUGUCAGGACUGCACAGCGGCCUGUGGCCCCAAACCCGUCCCCCCUCCUCUGCCCCCUCCCUGGACCAUCCUCGGUAUGGACGCCAUGUCUGUCAUCAUGUGGCUCUCAUACAUGGCCUUCCUGCUCAUCUUUGUCGGAGCUUUAGUUGUGGCUUGGUGUCGCAGGAGUAGGACCAUCACAUCAGAGUAUGGCCCCAUUUUGGACAGCAACAACCCGCUUUCCCUCAAUAGUGAUAUUCCCAACCAAGAAAAUGGCUCAUGCUGUGAAACGCUGGGCGAACGUUUUGAGAAUCUCCUGAGAACCUUCUUCAGCUCCUGGGGUUCUUUCUGCGUUCGGCAUCCAUCCGUGGUCCUGCUGGGCAGCUUAAUAUUAGUGACUGCUUGCAGUGGGGGCUUGAUCUUCAUGCGCAUCACCACAGACCCCGUCGAGCUGUGGUCGUCGCCAGAAAGCCAGGCUCGCCAGGAGAAGAACUAUUUUGAUGAGCGCUUUGGACCAUUCUUCAGAACGACGCAGCUCAUUAUAACCACUCCAAUCAAUGACACUUUUAUCUACUCUCCGUAUUUUGGAGGGUCAGACGUACCGUUUAAAGCCAUCCUGUUUAAAGAUAUCCUGCACCAGGUGCUGGAUCUGCAGCUUGAAAUCGAAAACCUCGUAGCUGAAUAUGACGGCCAGAACAUCACGUUGCAGGACAUCUGCUUGGCUCCUCUGGCCCCGUACAACAACAACUGCACCAUCCUGAGCAUUCUCAACUAUUUUCAGAACAGCCAUGCUGUACUGGACCACAGCAAAGGAGAUGAAUUUUAUGUGUAUGCUGACUAUCACAGCCACUUCCUCUACUGCGUCAGCGCCCCAGCAUCCCUCAACGACACCACUCUCCUCCAUGAUCCCUGUUUAGGAACCUUUGGGGGCCCCGUGUUCCCUUGGCUGGCACUUGGAGGUUAUGAUGAGACGAACUACAACAACGCUACAGCUCUCGUGAUCACCUUCCCCCUCAACAACUACCUGAAUGACUCGGUCAAGAUGGGCCAAGCUCUGGCGUGGGAAAAACAGUUCAUCAAGUUUAUGAAGAACUUCAGCAACCCCAACCUAACCGUGGCAUUCAGCGCAGAGAGGAGCAUUGAAGACGAGAUCGACAGAGAGAGCAACAGCGACAUCAGCACUAUCGUGAUCAGCUACGCCAUCAUGUUCAUCUACAUCUCCCUCGCCUUGGGCCACAUCCACAGUUUCAGAAGGCUUCUGGUGGACUCUAAAAUAUCUCUGGGUAUAGCCGGCAUCCUGAUUGUUCUCAGCUCUGUGUCUUCGUCUUUGGGGAUCUUCAGCUAUGCGGGUAUCCCACUCACACUCAUUGUGAUUGAGGUCAUUCCCUUCCUCGUGCUGGCUGUCGGGGUCGACAACAUCUUCAUCAUCGUCCAGACGUACCAGAGAGAUGAGCGGAUGCCACAGGAAGAGCUUCACCAGCAGAUCGGCCGUAUUCUUGGAGACAUAGCCCCCAGCAUGUUUCUCUCUUCCUUCUCAGAGACCGUGGCCUUCUUCCUGGGUGCCCUGUCGAACAUGCCUGCCGUUAGGACUUUCUCUCUGUUUGCUGGCUUGGCUGUUUUAAUCGAUUUCCUGUUGCAGAUCAGUUGCUUUGUCAGCUUGCUCGGUUUGGACGCCAAAAGACAGGAGGGGAAUCGACUUGACAUCUGCUGCUGCGUGAAACUGCCUGAACGUCGGGAAGUCAAGACAGAAGGCCUCCUCUUCCGCUUUUUCAAGAAAGUCUACUCUCCAUUCAUCCUCAAAGAGUGGGUUCGACCAAUUAUUGUGGCGGUGUUUGUGGGGAUACUGUCCUUCAGUAUUGCGGUUGUCAAUAAAGUGGAAAUUGGGCUGGACCAGAAGUUAUCUAUGCCUGAUGACUCAUAUGUUCUGGACUACUUCAAGAACCUGAGCGAGUACCUCCACACCGGAGCUCCUGUUUAUUUCGUAGUGGAGGAUGGACUCAACUACAGUAGCCCAGAGGGCCAAAAUUCUGUGUGUGGAGGAGUGGGGUGUAACAACAACUCUUUGGUGCAACAGAUCUAUACUGCCUCACUUAUCAGCAAUUACACAACCAUUGCCUACACACCAUCAUCUUGGCUGGAUGACUACUUUGAUUGGGUGAAGCCUCAGUCAAGCUGCUGUCGCUACUACAACAACUCUGGAGCUUUCUGCAAUGCCUCGGUUGUGAACCCGUCCUGUGUAUCCUGUCGGCCCAUGACUCAGAGUGGAAAGCAGCGGCCUGAAGGAGAAGAGUUUAUGCGGUUUCUGCCCAUGUUCUUGUCAGACAAUCCUAAUCCCAAGUGUGGAAAAGGCGGUCAUGCAGCUUAUGCCACAGCAGUUGAGAGGUAUCCCAACAACUCGGGCGUAGGAGCCACUUACUUCAUGACGUACCACACCAUCCUAAAGGAGUCCCCAGACUUCAUAGAUGCUUUGAAAAUGGCACGAAUCCUGGCCGAGAAUAUCAGUCAGUCCAUGGAUCACAAAGUUUUUGCCUACAGCGUCUUUUACGUCUUUUACGAGCAGUACCUCACCAUUGCCUACGACACUGCUCUGAAUUUGUGUGUGUCACUGGGGGCCAUAUUUGUGGUCACAACAGUGCUGCUGGGCUUCGAGCUGUGGGCGGCGGUGAUGGUCAGCAUUACGAUCGCCAUGAUCCUGGUCAACAUGUUUGGCGUCAUGUGGCUGUGGGACAUCAGCCUCAAUGCAGUGUCUCUUGUAAACCUCGUCAUGAGCUGUGGCAUCUCCGUGGAGUUCUGCAGUCACAUUGUGCGAGCGUUUUCCAUCAGUGUGAAGAAGAACAGAGUGGAGCGGGCAGAGGAGGCCUUGGCUCACAUGGGCAGCUCGGUGUUCAGUGGGAUCACUUUAACAAAGUUUGGAGGUAUUUUAAUCCUGGCGCUUUCCAAGUCGCAGAUCUUCCAGGUCUUCUACUUCAGGAUGUACUUGGCCAUGGUGUUGCUUGGGGCAACCCAUGGCCUCAUCUUCCUCCCAGUUCUUCUAAGCUAUAUAGGUCCGUCGGCGAACAAAGCGAAGGUGUUUGCCGCUAACCAGCGUUACGCCGGCACAGAAAGGGAGCCCCUCCUCAGACACUAGCCAGCCUGUUGAGACAGCGUACAACUAACUAAUUAACUGUCUGUGAGUGACGCUGCGCGGGUGUGAGUUUGAGCUGCCUUUGCAACCACUGACACACUCAUCGUCAUGCCAGCUACUACGCAUGGAUCUAACUCAGGAAGGAUCUUGGAAAUGAGGAAUGCUGAAGGCCACCUCCAAGUAGAUUUUUCCUCAGAAGACUUAAGACAUAGAAAUAGCUCUCCUCCUCUUCAUCCUCUUCCUCAGACUGCUGGACUAUGCUUCGGUAUCUGAAGCUGAAAAAACACAUCAAGUAACAGAAUCUUUGAUGGACAGGAGCAGGUAGACCCUUCGUUUGUUAACAUUGGGAUGAACUAUUUGAUUUGGGAAAUUUUAUAAAGGGUAAACUGCUCUAGACUAGGUUAAUCAUGUAAAAAACAUUUCCUUUUGCCAUGAAAGAGUUGAGCAUUUGCAUAACUGUGUGAUACAAGUCAUUUAUUGAAAGGAACUAAUAACAGUGGUGACUCCCCCUGCUUCUCCCAGAAAACUCAUCUCCUUUGCUUUGUCAUAAAACAGGUCCGCUUUUUCCGCAGCAGCUUGUAGCUAUCAAACAGUUGCAACUUUAAACACAUCUAUCUACCUCCAUGUUGGAUUGGUUAUGCAUAAAAUGCCUUCAUUGAUGUGGACAUAAAUUCUUUUAAACACAUAUUGUCAUUGUUUUAUUUAUAAGUCAGUUAAUCAGGACCAAACUAAAAGAAAAAACGUCCAGGUAUGUGCAUCCGGUCCUGUAGAUGCUGCUUCUCCCCUUCCUUAUCCAACACCAAAUUUCAUUUUAGAUCGCAAGUCUUUGUAGGAAUAAACAGUUUGGAUUGAUGUGUUUUUGAUUUGUUUUGUAGUUACUGAACAAAACAUUUGUAGCAUUAUGCAGUUAAGCAAUACAAAUCCUAUAUAAAUACAACUGUAAAAAAGCUGACAGGACUAAUCAUAAUUUGUUUGAUGGUCAACGCGGUUAUUGCAGUUUUGAGAUUUCAAUUUGAAUUAUUGUUUUAACUAUUAACUUUACUUUGCUGUUUAGUAUCUUUGAUUCACAUGUCGUGUACUGUUAGGGGGUCCCUUUAAACAAAUGUUUCAGUUUUCAGAUAAUUUAAGCUUGACGUGACCAAUCAAAGAUUUACUUUAUUCUUUGUUGAUGUGCCUCACCUUUACCUCAACAUGUCUGACAGUGUAGCUGUGCGCGUUCCGCUGGAACAGUAAACCAUUCCAGGUUUUUUUUAUUAGUUUUCCCUUCAGGGUGGAAUUGUAUUAUGAGAGAAAGAGCUGCAUCUAACAUGAGUUUUUAAAUCUGGAUGUGCAAAAGACAAAAAAAAAAAAACCAACUUUGUUACAGUUGUGUGUUACUCAAUCAAGCAAAUAUGGGAAACUUUAGUUUUUAACCAUUUUUAACAUUUAUUAAACUACUCAAAAACAA